CCCGCUAAGCCCGAUAUCUGCCUCGGUGUGAUGUGCACUGCUCUACACAUUGCCUUCCGUACGCUGGAACAGACCUAUCGCAACUUUGAGAUGCUUUUUGAAAGCGGCCUCGGUGGGAUUCGGAUCUGCAACGGCAAAUGUGUGGCCUGUGUACAGCCGACGCUCUACCCGCCUAAACAGCGAGGCCCCUAUCGGGAGCUGUGA